CUAUAAAAUGAAACACAGAGGAGAUGGUCAUUUUGUAUUUGUGGUACCAUAGUGCAACAAUUUACGAGGAAUCUGAUAAAACCACUGGGUGCUGUGAAAAGAUGUCGUCUUCAAUGGGGAAUGGACAUUUAAAUAUUAAUAUAAUCUUCAUUUUAAGAAUGAUUAAUACUGGAUUUGUAUUUGUGGUGUACUAUAUCUUUAAGUUGACACUGGUUACAUAACUAUUAGUCAUACAUAAUUUAACCAGACUGCCCUUGUAAAUACCUACAUAAGAUGUACUGACAUUUAAAAAAGGGUGUAGGAUUUGUAUCUUUGGGUAGAUUUUAAUCUUCACCACCCUGCGCAGUCGGGUCAAAGCUGGCACAACUUUCUGCUGAGUCAUCGGGACACACGCUCCUCCGACCCGGGACUGUGCGAUCCUCUUCCUCAUCAGGUCCGCGUCUCAUCCUCCUCAGGUCAGCUCCUCUUCCUCCUCUCAGCGCGGUCAGGACUGAAAUGUCAGGUUCGGAGAGAGAUCAAUCGAGAGCACAGGAUGAUCGUCAGAUCUCUGAAACGAUCCACGUCAGCGUCAAAGGUCCAGCGGAGAGCAGAGAGUGCACCGUGAGAGGAGACUGCACCGUCACACAGCUGAAAUGGUCUCUGGCAGAGGGUGUGGGGGUCCCGGCAGAGCAGCUGGUGCUGAUCCACUUUGGUCGCGUGCUCAGGGAGUCAGAACUCCUGAGUCAUCUUAGGGCACGAGAUGGGUGUGUGAGCCUCUGCAUGAUCCAAAGGCCUCAGCUUUCGUCUGCUGCACACACCUGUGAUCCAACUUCAGAAAGUGUCCAGUCGGAGCUCACAGCCGCUCUUCAUCCGGACCCUGACAGUAUCACGCCGUCUCCCACCUCGCCCCUUUGUCUGGUGGAAGGUCUUGACAAUUUUGGCCAAACAAACAGCGAGCCUGGCUUCUUUUCUUCACUCCAGCGCCAGAUGGAGAGCCAGCUGCUGGCUGACCCGGAGAUGCUGCACCGUGUCCUGGGCAGCCCCUUCGUUCAGACCACCCUCUCCACCUCCAGCCCUCAACUAACCAGACAGCUAAUUCUGUCAAAUCCCCAAAUUCACCAGCUCGUGCAGACAAACCCAGAGGUUGGAGAUAUGCUUAACAAUGCAGAUGUUAUCACACAGGUUCUGGAGCUCAUCAGGAACCCUGACAUGAUCGAGGAUGUGAUGCAUGAUGAAGACAAAGCAUUAGGAAAUUUGCAGCCAAAGCAGGAAAACCCUGAAAACACCAAUAGGGAUUCUGGUGGCAAUCAGAAGACUGACACAAAAAGAUUAUCACAGAUCCAGAUAGCAGCAUCCCGAGUGGGGACAACAUCAUCUGGGGAAAAACAGCCAAAUGAAGGAGAAAGAAACAAGACUCCACCCGUCUCCAGUGACUGUUCAGAUCCUCUCGGAGAACUGAGAGCUGAUCCGAACCCUCAGAGCCCCCUCACUGCAGGCAUGCAGUCUCUGCUACAGGAGAUCACAGCCAGUCCCGGGCUGAUGGAGAGCCUGCUGUCUGGGCCGUAUGUCAGCAGCCUCCUCCACUGCCUCAGCCAGAACCCAGACCUCGCUGCACAGAUGCUGCUGAGCCACCCUUUGUUCUCAGGAAAUCCUCAGCUGCAGCAGCAGAUGAGACAGCAGAUCCCUCUCUUCCUGCAACAGAUGCAGAGUCCAGAACUGCUGUCAGCCAUGUUAAACCCCAGAGCCAUGGAGGCUCUGCUCCACAUCCAGCAGGGCCUACAGACUCUGGCUACAGAGGUUCCUGCUCUGAUACCUACAGCCGGUGUUGAUGCUGCACCUGAGCUAGCAUCUGACUCUGUCCUCAACAGCCAAUCUGAAAGUGGUCCUCGGGUUGUCGCGGUGACAGAGCAGCAGCAGCAGCAGUUUGUGCAACAGAUGCUACAGGCGCUGGCUAACACCGAUAAUGGGGUCCACGUUGAGGAAGCUGAGUUCCAGGACGAGCUGGAGCAUCUGAGCUCAAUGGGCUUCGAAGACAGAGAGGCAAACCUGCAGAUCCUCAUCAGCACCGGAGGAGACCUCUGCACUGCAAUACAACAACUCCUCAGUCUCUGA